GCCAAGCCUGUGCUCGCAUUUCCUCCCAGCUGCUGCUCGUCCCAGCUCCUAAGAUGGUGUAAAGUCAUCAUCCAGCUACCAUGGGCCCACUGCAUCUUGUACAUGUGGAUGAGAAGGGCCAGCUGGCCCUGGACGAGGGAGCCCUAAGCCAUUGCCUGGAGCAGGGGAAGGUGGGUGAUGCCCCCAUCUGCCUGAUCUCCAUCGUUGGGGAGCAGCACCAGGAGAAAUCCAUCCUCAUGAAUUGCCUGAUACACCAGCUGCAGAACCAGGUGAGUGAUGCUGCGUGGAUGGGCCAGAAGGACCAGCCUGUAGAGGGAUCUGAUUGGCAAGGAGGGUACCAAACCAUGCGCAAAGGGGUGUGGAUCUGGAGUGAGCCCUUCUGGGUCCAGGGCCCACAUGGCAAGGUGGCUGUGUUCCUAGUAGACACGGAGGGCUCCAUGGAUCUGCAUCACCAAUUGGAAACCAGCAUCAAGCUCUGUGUGUUCAGCAUCUUACUUGGCUCCUACCAGAUUUUGAACAUUUCUUCAGUGCUAAACCAGGCAGAUCAGGAUUAUUUGGAGAUGUUUGCUCAUGUUGCAAAGGAAGCUGGGAAAACCUGCAGUCUCCACUCAGCUCAGAAUUUGGACCUGCUGGUCCAUGACUAUCCAGCAUCAUGUGACUGUGGAACAGAGGGAGGAAAGAAAUAUCUGAGCCAUGUAAUCCAGGAGCUGGAGGCUUCUCCCAAUCACGUGUUGACUCUGGAAGCCCUGAAGGCAGCAAGCACCCGCUGUUACCUCAUGCCCCACCCUGGCAAGUUCAUAAGUUGCAGGAAUGGGAUGCUUCUUGACAUGGACAAAGACUUCAGGGAACAGCUGAGGGACUACAUCACUUCCCUGGUGAGCUCAGCAGGGACACACAUCCGGAAGGACCAGAAUGGACAAGGGCUCACAGGGAGGAAGCUGGCAGAGAAGAUCAGGACUAUAUCCAAAUGCCUGAAGGACAAGCACUAUGACUUUUCUGCUCCUCUAAAGAUGGUAAAGGCCUUUGCAGAAAUGCGGAAGGAGUUAAAUACAAGAACAAUAAAAAGUGCCAAGACAAAAUAUGAGCAAUAUCUGCUCGAACAACAUCAGGGCCUUGAUACCCAGACCAUGGACCAGUGCCUGAAGGUGACACUAAAUGAGAUGAAGCAGCAGCUGGAGACAAAAUGCAAAGAUUUGUUGCAGGACUGCCAGGAGCAGCUUCUGGGAGAGGAGCCUGAGAAACAGGCUGUCUUGGGGGAACUGAAGAAAGAGUGGUCAAGAAAAGAGAAGGAUUUUCUAGAUGCCUCUGAGAACAAGUACAAGGAAGUUGUGGUUUCUGCCAACAAGGCAUCUGAAAAUGCCAUGAAGGAAAUGGAACAAUUUCUCCAGGAGCAGGCUAAGGUCAAGUGCCUGCAAGUCCCUCCCAGUGAGAUGAAUGAAAAGCUGAAGGCAAAACGCCAGAAGUUGUUGCAGGCCUGCCAGGAGAAGCUACUGCAUGACGAGUCCAAGCCACUAGCCAUCCUAGAGGAGCUGGAACAGUGGUGCAUAAGGAAGCAGGAGGCUUUCCUGAAGCUCUAUAGGGAAAAGUAUAAGGUCUUGCUGCUUUUUUACUCUUAA